AUGGCACACAUUGUCCACAUAGAUGAGAAGUGGUUUUAUCUUACAAAGACUGCCCAGAAUUUCUACUUAUCACCUGAUGAACCAGACCCUUACAGGAUGUAUCCCUUCAUUGAACAAGUUCCAGCCCAGAGGUCAAGUGUUAAUAGGGCAGCAGGAACAUUGGAGACUAAAGCAAUUACCUCUAUUACAAGAGAAGUUAUGAAGGACUAUAUGAUCAAUAGGGUUGUUCCAGAUUUGAAAGCUUUGUGGCCAUUGACAGAGGGAACAAAUAUUGUGAUUCAGCAGGAUAAUGCCAGACCACAUUUCAAUGAUGAUGACAUUCAGUGGAAAGCAGUUGCUUCAUCAGAUGGAUUUAAUAUCCAUCUGAUGCAACAACCUGCUCUUUCACCAGAGUUGAAUGUGAAUGACCUAGGUUGGUUCAGGGCAUUGCAAUCAAUACAAGAGGAGGAGGCACCUAUGAAUGUUGAUGAAUUAGUGUUAGCUGUUCUUACUUCAUUUCAAAAACUUGAGCCAAUGAAAUUAAAUUUUGUGUUUUUAAGUCUUCAGAGUUGUAUGGUUGAGAUUAUGAUGCAAAGAGGACAUAACAACUAUAGACUGCCACAUAUGAAGAAACAAACUCUUUUAAGGGAAAGAGUACUACCAGAAGAUUUGGAGGUAGACAACAAUUUGAUGUCAUUAUGUGUUGAUUACUGUGUUGAUGAAUGCCUUAAUGAGGCCAUGUUACCAGUUAUCUUAGAGUUGAUGAAGUUGGAGGCAGAACAAGUUUAA